GGCCAUUAACAAGAUCCCCGAGACCUACUCUGAGCACGUGGCUCUGUGGGGACAUCACUUGCGAGCACCCUAUUUUGGGCAUGUUCUCAGAGUUGAAGUUUCCCGUGCCAUGGGGCCACAUAGCAGCCAAGGCCUGGGGACCCUUGGGGGGACACCCCGUGCUGUGCUUGCAUGGCUGGCUGGACAACGCCAACACCUUUGACAAGCUCAUUCCACUGCUCCCCAGAGAUUGCUAUUACGUGGCAAUGGAUUUUUCUGGCCAUGGGUUGUCAUCCCACCGACCUGCGGGCUCCCCCUACCAUUUUCUGGAUUAUGUGACCGAUGUGUGCCGGGUGGCAGCAGCCUUGCAGUGGAGACGGUUCACCCUGAUGGGUCACAGUAUGGGUGGGUCUGUGGCAGGAAUGUUCUCUUUCCUUUAUCCUGAGAUGGUGGACAAGCUGAUCCUGCUGGAAAAUCUUGGCUUUCUGCUAGCUCCAGAGGACACUGAGAUGUGGCUGAAAUCGAAACGGAUGGUGAUUGACAGAUUACUGAGUCUAGAGGCAAAGCAGGAAACUCCCAAAGCACGUAGCCCCACAGCAGCAUUGCAGAGGCUCUUGGAAGCAAACACACAUCUGACAGCAGAGGGUGGGGCAAUCCUGCUGCAGCGAGGAGCCACCGAGACACCCGCUGGGCUGGUGUAUAACAGAGACAUGAGAGUCCGUACGCAGAGCCGAGAGUCCUUCACGGUGGAGCAGUGCGUGAAACUCCUGCAGAAGAUCCAGGACCGCGUUCUCAUCAUCGUAGCACAAGACGGACUGCUGGUACCACACAAGCUAGACAGCAGAAAUCACUUUGUGAAAGCUCUGCAGGAGGCCUUCGAGUCUACCCUCAAAGAGCACAUCCAGCUCGUAGAGGUGCCUGGGAGUCAUUUCGUGCACCUGAACGAACCUGAGGUGGUGUCUGGGAUCAUCAGCAACUUCCUGACAGCACAGAACACCAAAGCUAGGCUCUAGGAAGAAGGGUCACUGCUGCAGCAACCCAGGAGAAGAAGGAGCUGAAAAGCAGGCUCUGGAGGAGCGGUCACCAUUCCGGCCUCACAUCCAAUGCGAGUUCGUGAUAGCCUUCCCUAAGCUUAGCUCACCACGGGGUGGAAGCAGGUCUGCCAGG